UCCCCCCAAAAUGUCUGCCACUGUUGGUCUGUCGGCACCAGUGACCACGUUAGAGACAAUCCAGCUCGGCGAUCGGCUGCUUGCACUCGCCGCGAUGGGACCUCAUUUGCUUGCGUUUGAUGCGCGCGGUGGCAAGCGAGUGCCUGUCGUCGAGUGGAGCGAGCGGGACGUUGGCGACGGCGCUGUGCAGGAUGAUGCUGAUCCCAGUAACAUUGGCCUGGCUGAGCACGCUCGGCGACGACCGCUGCUGCUCGAUCCGCUCGGGGAGCGCGGCUCGUGGCGCAUCCAUGGCAUCCGACGCGGUCAUCGUGAUGCUGCACGCCCGCGACCUGCGCCGUUCCAAGACGCUGCCCAGCCGCUGCUGCUGUUUGGCCAAAAGUCGUGCGCGCUCAUCACAGUGGCGACCCGGCAAGCACCACCGCAGUCAUCGUCCAGUGGAGCUGAUGAUGAUGCUGGUGAUGCUGAUGCAGGUAGUAGCUCGUCAAUAGUGCUGCUCGUCGAUCGCGUGUCGACGCUGCCCGAGGCGUGCGACUGGAUUCUGGACGCCGCAUGGCUGCACGAGCAGGACGACGCGCUGAUCGCAUUGGCACUCGCGCACAAUAUGGCUCAAGUCUGGAAUUGGAAAUCGCAGACGCUGUUGCGUCACAUCCAGUGCCAAGAACGAUGCAUCAACUACUGCGCAAGGUUUAGCGGCGAUACACUGGAUUCGCUGUUGCUUGCCACGGGCACCGUGUUCAACUCGGUUCUCGUCUGGAAUUUGCAACGCGACCCGAACGUCAAUCACUCGCAGACAGUUCUCCCGCCGCGGCUUGCUCGGCAAUGUCCCAAUCCUCAAGCAGUCGAACUAGUGUUUGCGCCAGCACGAGUCGAAUGCAAGGGGCACACUGGUGUGUUGUUUUCAGUGAGUUUUGACGCCACCAGGCAGCGGUUGUGUUCAGUCUCCGACGACCGUACCGUUCGAUUGUGGUCGAUUGCUGCUGCACUCAAAGAAGCCAGCACAACAAAGCAAGUCAUUGAAUCUACUUCCACGUUCUUUGGGCAUCGAGCGCGUGUCUGGAGCGCCAAAUUCACGUCGUUUGGAAUUGUGUCUGCCAGCGAGGACUCGACGUGCCGAGUAUGGAGCUUUACCGGCACGCCCCUCCUAGAACUAGAGGGCCGGGACGGCAAAAACAUUUGGUCGCUUGCUGUUCACGAGGCGCAGACCUUGGACGAUUGUGUUGCCGUCACAGGCACGGAGAAUGGCACCAUCCGUUCCUGGUCACUGAAUCGGUUGUACUCACAGGCUGCUUCCUCGCAUCAACUUCCGACGGCCGAUGGUACUCCUGGCUCUGUUGUUGCGCACCGCAUGAGCAAGCGAGAGAAGCGGAGCACCACCGUCUACAGCGAUGCGGGUGCGUCGUGGAUUGCGCCAUGCCCAUACCCAGGCCAACAGCCGAUUCCAAGCAAUGCUCCUCCACAGCCAUCAAACACAAGCACAAAACGCAAGCGGCCGCGAACCCCCGAAACGCCGCGACAUUGUGUCUUUGUGACGGCCAAUUUGGCGCUGAUUCUCUCCGCGCGUGGCGACCUGUUUGCAUUCUUCCUUGAGAGCCGCACAUACCAAUUGUUGCUGGCUGCUGAGCCGCAUGGUGUGUCUUUCUCUGCUGCAUUCGUUUCUGCCUGCAUUGUUCACACACCAAGGCGUGAAGGCGAUCGCGACGAGCUGUGCAUGUUCGUUUGUGGCGCCGCCGAUGGCGUGCUUUCCGUUGGCAUGAUUGCGUUUUCGGCCUCGCCAUCUAGCUGCAACCUGCUUGCUACAGUUCGAUACGAGCAGGAGCGGUUCACCCCGAUUCACGCCUUCCUUCCCGACAACCAGCGUUGCGCUCCCGUCGUUUUCGACUCGUCAAGUGGUGUGCUGCCAUUGUUUGUGGUCAACGCGCGCAACUUUGCGCAUCUUGUUUGGUGGGAUGUUCGUGUGACACUGGGCGACACGACCCUCCUUGAGCUGGUGCGUCGUGGCGAGCUUUGCAUGGGAGAAGGCGCUUUGGCUGGCAAGCCGUCGACCGUUUGCUCGCUGCCACAUUCGUCCAUUGUAGCUGUUGGUGCAGCGAAUGGUUCGUUGCAUUUCUUUGAUCUGACGCGGGCCAGCGGCGCCGUCACCGAGACUCACCAGCAUUUUCCCAGCAAACGCAACGUCUUGCUGCAACAGCCUUGUUUGCAUGAAUUGACUGCCACCGAACCUGCUGGUACCCCAAGCCUGUAUCUCCCGUUGGCUACCAUCUUUAGCCUUCAUGGUCGAGACAAGCGGCUGUCGCACCUCGUUGUCGCUGAAAGUCGACCCGACGCCGCUCUGACCCGCUUUUGCACAUUUGGAGCCGAUGGCUUCCUGAACGAGUUGGAACUUUCGACACAGCAGCUCAGUUCCAGCUCAAGUUCUGGACCGAGCGAACUGGUUUCCCAGCUCAAACUGCACCAGCAUGUCGUAGACGUUGCCCUCCACGCUGCGGAUCUUCCAUGGACCAUCCGACACUGCUCGAGUCGCCUCGUGUCCCGGAAUCCUGGCGAGCGAUUUGUGCCAGCCAUGCAAGGGGAAGCGGGCUCGGCAUUGUCGCGAGCGCUGCCGGCGGCGGGACUUGUGGCGGCGUUUGCUGUGAAUCAGUUUGUGCUGUCCGAUAUUGCCAGUGGCGAAACCUUGGCGCGCAUUCCCUUGUUGACCUCGACCUGCUGGGACGUGCUUGCUGAUCGCCAGUUUGGUUGGCUGUUAAUGUUCAUUGACGAUGAACUUGAAUGCCGCAUUGUGCACGCUCGCCCAGGCGUGGCCUCGUCCUCUGCUUCCUCCUCUUCAUCUGCAUCGGGGCUGGCCGGAACGGCUGGCAUGCCUGCUGCUGAUACGAAAAGUGCAGGUCUGUUGUUGCGUGGCUUCCAUCAUCGUGAAAUCCGAAGUGUGGUUGUUCUUCCUGCUCCACCCCUUGCACCCGCUUGGAACUCCGAUGUGGUGCUGUUUGCUGCGUGUGGCGAAGACACGACUAUUACCAUUGGCGCAAGCAUUGUUCCUCGGCAUUCGGCGGCGGCGGCGGCCGAGAUGCUCCGACCGCUGCGCUUGUUGCUGAGGGUCACUGACCAUGCGGGUGCUGUUCGAACGCUGGCCAGCUUGCCGGAUCCGUGGCAACCACCUGGCAUUCUUCAACAGCCGACUGUCGGACCAGUGUAUUCCUUGUUGCUGUCGGCUGGAGGCGACUGCGCCUUGGUUGCGUGGCGGGUAUGCAUUCACCCCGCUCGGCUACCUGAUUUGCUCGCCGAGGAGUCGACAGCCCUGCAGUCCCUGUCGCCUCCCGUCGCAUUCAGCAAGUUGGCAGUGUGUCAACCCUCUCUGUUAACAUCACUGAGCCAAUUCGAUGCGAAUGAGGAUGAUGUGUCUUCCACCUCUGUGCGCCUGCUUUCUAUCGACGCAAUUACGCUAUCAGGGCAGCACCAGGACACUUUUGUUCUUGUUGCGUGCUCUGACGGGUGGGUUCGGCUCCUUGGACUGAUUGGCGAGGCUGCCGGCUCGCAAGGUGCAGCGUUUGUUCACCUUUCGUCUUCCAACUUGCACCAGAGGUGUCCUCUUGUGGUCAAACUUGCUGCUUUGCACAACUUGGAGCAGCAUGGCACUCAAAUUUUGCUGGCAGCGAGCGCUGCAACCGACGGUCGAGUGAUACUCUGGCACUGUGUUCCCAAUGUCAGUCGCGCCAAUGCAGCCGGUCUUUCUGCAGUGAUGACGCCAAUCGCACAAGUUCGAGCACACCAAUCUGGCGUCAACAGCUUGAGUCUGGUAGAGUUGCCGACCGGAGUGGAGGGCACCACAAGACUUUGCGUUGCCACUGGCGGCGAUGACAACUCGAUCGUCCUGUCAACCGUCGAUCUGGCGCUGUCUGCCACCGGCGACCAGCUCUCUGUGACGCAGGUGCGUGCUGGAAGCACCAGUCAAGGCCACAGCUCGUCAGUCACCAGCGUACACCUUACGCGCAGCUCUGCAGGCGCGCUGGUCUUGCGUUCUGCAUCGAUCGACCAGCGAAUCAACACUUGGAUGAUUGGAGAUUUGUCCAGGCUGGAGCGCAUUUCGACUCCUCCCCUCACAACUCCACUGAGCGACCUUCGGCAGGUUCCACUGCCUCCUCCGGCUGUUCCUGCAGUUUUCAUCCACCACUCGUCCGCAAUUGCACACAUUCCAGAUGUCGGUGCAAUGGAUGUUGUCGAGUUGCCGGUCCAACGGCGCUCGCUUGCUUUGAUUUCUGGGAUUGGCAUCCAUGCCAUUCGUCAGGACGGGAUGUGAAUGGUGCCAUGAAGCGAGCAAAAUAGAUUUUCAUUUUUUUUGUUUCUACCACAAACAGCUAUGUCUCCCGAAAAAAAACAAAA